GGCGCACAGUUGAAAAUCUGUGUGUGAGACUCUCUAUAUACUCCGGAUUUGUCCAUAUCACUAGCUUCACGUCUCUAUUCGAAAUCCCGGACGACUGUUGCGCUGCGACCGGCGCUGCUUGAGACCAGCUAGCGGCCUAUUCCCUGUCACUCCACCCACGCCGGCAACAAUGGAUUUUCUGAAAUCCGCCGUCGCGUCCGCCAUCGCGAAGGGCAGCUCCUUUCCCUAUUCUAUUGGAGACAGAGUUGAUCUUUCCGACUCCAUUUGGGCUCUUCAUAACGCUACAAAACGGGAAGACGGCUCACUAUGCAGUGUUUUUACCUUCGAUAUCGCGGCGAAUAAAUCUCGUUUACCGCUCGCCAAAAAUGCAGUGCGCAAAUCCCGGACUUUGAGACAUCCCGGAGUGAUCAAGGUGUUGGACACGAUCGAGACCGACGCCAGUCUCUACAUUGUUACCGAGCGAGUGGUGCCCCUAUCCUGGCAUGCGAAGCGGAGAAGCCUGAGCGAGGAAACGGCCAAAUGGGGUUUAUAUGCGGUCGCAUCCACGCUGAAGUUCAUAAACGCUGAUGCUUCGUCCGUCCAUGGUGCUGUCAGAGCGUCGUCGGUGUUCACAAGUGAGAGUGGCGAGUGGAAGCUAGGCGGGUUCGACAUUCUAAGUUCGAUGAACGAAGAGGACGCCGUGAUAUAUACAUACGCCAGUCUUUUGCCCGACGCCGCUCGAUACACACCUCCGGAAGUCCUCAAGGGAGGUUGGAAUAUCAUUAAAAGUCACCCGCUCACAGCUAUCGACUCAUAUGGGCUGGGGAUACUCAUCUAUGAAGUUUUCAACGGAAACUUCACGGGCAGCGAUCAGGUGGGCAAGACGACAAACAUUCCGCCUAGCAUGCAUCAAAGCUACAAACGUCUUUGCACGGCCAACCCUAAACUACGACUGAGUCCUGCGCAUUUCGUCGAGCAGGGAAAGAAGAGUGGUGGAUUUUUCCAGACGCCCCUUAUUCGCUUAUGCGAUGACAUAGAGAGCCUGGGCCUGAAAAACGAUGCUGAACGAGAAGAGUUCGUGGAUGAGCUCGAUGGCUUGUCGGAAGACUUCCCAGAGGAGUUCUUUAAGAUGAAGGUCCUUCCGGAACUUCUAAAAUCUGUCGAAUUUGGUGGAGGUGGUCCGAAAGUGCUCAGUGCUGUUCUGAAAAUCGGUUCGAAAUUGUCACAGGAGGAAUUCAAUGCAAAGCUUAGCCCAGUGAUUGUCCGACUAUUCGGCAACCCUGAUCGAGCCCUUCGAGUCUGUCUAUUGGAUCACUUGCCCAUGAUGAUCGAUAACUUACCCCAGCGACUUGUCAAUGACAAAAUCUUCCCACAGAUUACGUCCGGUUUUACGGAUGCGGCACCCGUUGUUCGCGAGCAGACAGUCAAGGCAGUCUUGCCGAUUAUCGAUAAACUCAGCGACCGGACUAUCAACGGUGAUUUGCUGAAAUAUCUUGCGCGGACUGCGAAUGAUGAGCAACUUGGAAUCCGUACCAAUACGACUAUCUGCUUAGGCAAAAUAGCAAAGAAUCUCGGGCAAGGGUCACGAUCUAAAGUCCUUGUGGCAGCUUUCUCAAGAUCCCUUCGAGACCCAUUUGUGCACGCUCGCAGUGCUGGCUUGCUAGCAUUUGGGGCGACGAUGGAGUUUUUCUCGGAAGAGGAUUGUGCGGGCAAAGUGCUGCCCGCCAUUUGCCCUUCUCUUCUUGAUAAGGAGAAAAUGGUGCGAGAUCAGGCGAACAAGACCUUGGACCUUUACCUCCAGCGAAUUCGGAAGUAUAGUAGCACCAUGGCAGACACAGUGCUCCCAUCGCCAAGCAGUCCGGAACCCGCCAAAGACACCGCUCGCAUAGGAACCACGAACGAUAAGUCGUGGGCGGGAUGGGCGAUCUCGUCUUUCACGAAUAAGCUUACGGCGGCCAAUGGCGAAAUUGAGCCCACCGCAAGUACCGCCAAGCCUGCCGAGCCAGAACCUGUGCGCUCUGCGUCAGUUCCUCGGCCAACCCGGUCGUCGCCACUGGCACCCAAGGAGACAGCACGCCCCGCGGGUCAUUCUUUGAACCGGUCCGUGUCGGAGCAGGCCCCUAUGGCGACCAAUGAGGAAGACCCCGAGGAUGUCUACGACGCAUGGGGGGCAAUAGACGAUGAGGAUGAGAGCGCGCCAAAGGAGGAAGACCCUUUUGAGACUGCUUCGACUGCUAGCCCUACGGUGUCUGCUCCGGCGCGCAAAGCAGCCCCAGUGCCGUAUGAUGAUGGUGGAGAGCCGGACUUUGCCGGGUGGCUUGCGGCACAGUCGAAGGUCAAAAAGCCGCUGCCUAAGGGCUUGAACAAGUCUAGCUCUACGCCUGUCUCUCGCACAACGAGUCGUAGCAUUGUGGCUCAGCCUAAACCUGCAGCACCCGCUAAGAAGAUAGAUACCAAGCCCAAGGAUGAGGACGAGGAUGAUGGAUGGGGCGAUGCAUGGGAUUAACGUUCCACGGUUUUUGCUAUUGCAUUGCAGGGAGGUAGGAGCAGGACGGUCAUGAUUACUUGGCUAUCUAAUUGGUAUAGUAUUGCGAACAUUGACUUAUAGAUCGGAG